ACCGCCUCCCUGACGUUGUUAUUUAAAGGUACACAGUGCCAACGCGGACUGCUGUUCAUACACUACGAAGGGAGGUGUCGCGAGAACCUGCUAAGAAAAUGUCAUAUAUGAUGAUGCUGCUGUCACUGGCAUCCUUCUGCAUCCUGGCUGGCCUUGUUUUCGCCGUACCUGCUCAGGAGAAGCGCAUCCAUCACCAAGCUGAUCUGAGUGAUCAUGCACACAAUGAUGCUCAUGGCUUCCAGUAUGACCAUGAGGCCUUCCUGGGCAAGGAGGAGGCCAAGACCUUUGACCAGCUGACUCCUGAAGAGAGCAAAGACAAACUAGCGAAGAUUGUGGACCGCAUUGAUACCGACAAGGAUGGCUACGUCAGCCAUGCAGAACUGCACUAUUGGAUUAAGCACCGGCAGAGGAGGUAUAUUAAGGAGAACGUGAACAAACAUUGGAACGACUACGACAAGAACCAAGAUGGCAAGAUAGGCUGGGAGGAGUACAAAAACACCACUUACGGCUACUAUCUGGAUCAGGAAUUUGAUGACAUUGAAGACAAGGCCACCUAUAAGUCCAUGCUCACCCGGGACGAAAGGCGCUUUAAGACAGCUGACCGAGAUGGUGAUGGUAUUGCCACACGUGAGGAGUUCACUGCCUUUCUUCACCCUGAGGAGUUUGAUUACAUGAAGGAUGUGGUAGUCCAGGAGACUGUGGAAGACAUUGAUAAGAAUGGGGAUGGCAAGAUCAACUUAGAUGAAUACAUUGGUGAUAUGUACACACCAGAGAAUGGGGAGAGUGAGCCUGAAUGGGUCCAGACAGAGAGGAAACAUUUCUCAGAGAUCAGAGAUGCCAACAAGGACGGCUUCCUGGAUGGUAGUGAGGUGGCCCACUGGAUUUUGCCGGGAGAGGUAGACCAUGCUGAUAAUGAAGCCAAACACUUGAUCCACGAGACAGACACCGACAAGGAUGGCCGUCUGACACUCUCUGAGCUACUUGACAAGAUGGACUACAUUAAAAUCAGCACCAUCACUGACUAUGGAGGCAUGAAGGUGGACAGCCAUGAUGAGCUCUGAAAAGCUGACUACAGAACAGGAUGAAUUAUGUCUUCAUACUUGCUGCUUGAAAAUGUGAGCUUUUACAUAUAUUGUUUUACCAUUAUUUCUUUAUUUAAUCAGAAACAAUAUUUUUCUAUAUGAAAUAACAGGUGUAUGUUUAUCAAAUCCAUAUACUAUAGGAGUAUAUUUUUUGUAUACUUUUGUAGGGGUAAAAUUUGUGAACACUUGAGCUGUAUCACUUAAAAGAAGCAGGUGAAUAAACUUUGGUUAAUUUAGUCAACAAUUUUGUGCCACCUAUGAAAUGGGGAAGAAACAAGAAACUAUCACCGCACAAUUAAUCACAAUAUUAUCAAAAUCACAAUAUGGCCAAGUGCAAUAUGCAAAUCACAGAAAGUGCAAUUUUUGUUCAAGGUAAAAUGUGUGACAAACAGGAUUGUAAUGAAGUAUGUAGUGCUGCAGAGGUGGGAACUGUUGGGUCUCUGUUGGGUCUCUGUAAAUUAUUUUACAUUGAAUUGAAAAUUCAGGGCAUUUCCUACAAAUUGUUUUCCAGAUGUAAGAAAACAUGAUUGUUUGGUACAGAACUCAAACAUUGUUGCAUCAGCAUGAUUUUAAUUGUUGUUUCAGGGAAUUUAAUUUCCACAAUAAUGAAUGAAAUUGUGAAUCAUAUUACAACACUAUCUGUCAAAUGAAUCACAAUAUGAUGUUUUUACCAUAUCGUGCAACCCUAGUCGUCAGGGAAGUAAAUCUCAGAGAACCUCGGGAAGAAUACCCAGCACAUUUGUCUGGAGGCUAUAAAUUCAUCUAAAAGAUCUAAGCUCCAUUGGUCCAUGGUUCACAAACUUUUGAGCAGCACUGUAUAUGUCUACUUUAGCAGAUCAGUCAAUAAUGAACUGGCCAACUAGAGCAGCUCUGAUUCAAAAGCAGCACUGCAAACCUGAUGAGGACUUCCAAGGUGCAUUUUCAGAGAUGCUUCUUCUUCUUCUUCUUCUUCUUCUUCCAUUUAAUAAAAACAGCAAGCCAUUGGUUUCCAUGUGUUAUGUAAACGA